AUGGCUGAAUUAUUGAAUCAAUUGAAAUUAGUUUCUGAACAAGUAUUGUCGAGUAAUUGCAAUGUCUCUAUUUAUGAUAUCAGUUUGGUGACUGAAUAUGCCAAGAAGGUUUUACCACACCCUGAUAAAGCUUUGAAUAACGAUUUCGUUGGUCCAAUUCAUGAAAUUUUCCAAGAACAAGCUAAACAAACACCAGAUAGAAUUACCAUGGUUGAUAAUCAUGAAAGUGUUACCUUUGAACAAUUGAAUCGAGUUUCCAAUCAGUUAUCAAGACACUUACUUCAUAAGGGAUUGAAGAGACAGGAGGUUGUGACAAUCUUUGGUCACAGAUCUUGUCCAGUUGUGUUGGCCAUCUUGUCUACAUUGAAAUGUGGUGCAAUUUUCAACAUGUUAGAUCCUGCUUAUCCAGCCGAUAGAAUUAUCACUUGUUUGGAAGUUUCAACACCAUCCGCAGUUAUUUUAAUUGAAGCUGCUGGUCAAUUACCAAAGUCUGUCAUUGAUUUUAUCAAUGAAAAUACCAAGUUUGUAACAGUAUUGAAAUCCAUGACUGAUAUUCUUAAUGAGAAUGUCUACUCUGAUUAUAACGAUUCCAAUUUGAGCGAAGAUCCAACUUUGAAUGUUAAAAUUACACAAGAUGACUUUGCUGUUUGCACCUAUACAUCAGGAAGUACUGGUAUUCCAAAGGGUGUUUUGGGAAGACACGGUCCUCUCACUCACUAUUAUCCAUGGAUGAAACAAUAUUUUCCUAUUACACUGUUUCACAGGCCCAAAAUAUUUGGACUGGAUAUCUUUAAUAUUAUAAAUAAAUAUUUUGUUAAAUACUAUUUUGUAAAAAUUACACCAACAAUAUAA